GCGCCGUCGCUCUUUCUUUCUCUCGUCCUGAAGAUGGCGGCAGGGACUCUGUACACCUACCCAGAGAACUGGCGGGCCUUCAAGGCCCAGAUUGCAGCCCAGUACAGUGGCGCUCGCCUCAAAGUGGCCAGCAGCCCCCCUGCCUUCACCUUCGGACAGACAAACCGGACCCCUGGCUUCAUCAGCAACUUCCCUCUGGGAAAGGUCCCCGCCUUCCAGGGAGAUGACGGCUUCUGUCUGUUUGAGAGUAAUGCCAUUGCUCACUACCUGAGCAAUGAUGCUCUGCGUGGGGCCACUCCUCAGGCGGCGUCCCAGGUGCUGCAGUGGGUUAGCUUUGCUGAUUCAGAGAUCAUCCCUCCAGCAAGCGCAUGGGUCUUCCCUACUCUGGGAAUCAUGCAGUUCAACAAGCAGGCUACAGAGCAGGCCAAGGAGGAUGUGAAGCGGGUGCUCACAGUGCUGAACCAACACCUGAACACCCGCACCUUCCUUGUGGGAGAGAGGGUCAGCCUUGCUGACAUCUCUGUGGUCUGCUCCAUGCUCUGGCUUUACAAACAGGUCCUCGAGCCUUCCUUCCGUCAGCCUUACACCAACGUGAAUCGUUGGUUCGUCACCUGCGUGAACCAGCCUCAGUUCAAGGCAGUCCUCGGGGAGGUCAAGCUGUGUGAAAAGAUGGCUCAGUUUGAUGCCAAGAAAUUUGCUGAGAUGCAGCCCAAGAAGGAGGCCCCACCUAAAAAAGAGAAAGCCGGCAAAGAGUCAGCCAAGCCCCAGGAGAAGAAAGAGAAGGAAAAGAAAAAGGAGGAAAAGAAGCCUGCUCCCGAGGAGGACAUGGACGACUGCGACGCUGCUUUGGCUGCUGAACCCAAAAGCAAGGACCCAUUUGCACAUCUGCCAAAGAGCCCAUUUGUCAUGGAUGAGUUCAAGAGAAAGUAUUCCAAUGAGGACACCUUGAAAGUAGCCCUUCCCCACUUCUGGGAGCACUUUGACCGCGAGGGGUACUCAAUCUGGUUCUCGCAGUACAAAUUCCCAGAGGAGCUGACACUUACCUUCAAGAGCUGCAACCUUAUCACAGGCAUGUUCCAGCGCCUGGACAAACUCAGAAAAAAUGCCUUCGCCAGUGUCAUCCUGUUUGGCACCAACAACGACAGCGUUAUCUCUGGUAUCUGGGUGUUCAGAGGGCAGGAGUUGGCCUUCCCUCUGAGCCCAGACUGGCAGAUCGACUAUGAAUCGUAUGACUGGCGCAAGCUGGAUCCAGACAGCGAAGAGUGCAAAACCAUGGUAAAGGAGUACUUUGCCUGGGAGGGAGAUUUCAAGCACGUAGGCAAAGCCUUCAACCAGGGCAAGAUCUUCAAAUGAAAGGACACUGAGACCAUCCACCAAAAGCAAUCUGCGCUUCUGCUCUCAAACACAACAUACGGACUUUCAGCCACGUGCUUACUUAACUGCAAGAAUGAGUGUUUGGAGAUGAUGGAAUUUUUGUCUCGGUGGUUCCCAGACUGGUUUUUUUGUUUUACCUGCGAAAUAAAAUGAAUUUUCCUCAACGCAA